UCCAGCCUGGGUGGCAGAGUGAGACCCUGUCUCAAAAAACAACAACAAAAAGAACUAAUGUGCCAUUUUUACUUUUACUAAAACUUGGAAAGAGGAAACAUAUGUUGGAAGAGAUUACCAAAGGUUAAAAGUAGAGCGAAUAUAACCUAGAUAGAACAGACGUUUUGUGUGAAAUUUUGUAUCUUUAAUAAGACAGCAGGAACUGAAUGAAUACAACACACCCAACUGACAGAGAGAACAUGUUUAUUUAGCUGUAUGUAUAUAUGCUUAACUACACCCAAGGAAGCUGUAGAGUUAGAAAAACAUGAACCAUUAACAGAUGUGACCUCCUUGCAGAACUUUUACUUUGAAAAAGAAGUACUCCUGAACCAGAUUCACGUGUGAUAUUUGGAUGCAGAGAAAAUGGGGCAGAAAGCAUCGCAACAGUUGGCUCUGAAGGACAGCAAAGAGGUGCCCAUCGUCUGUGAGGUGGUCAGUGAAGCUAUAGUCCAUGCAGCUCAGAAACUGAAGGAGUACCUUGGAUUUGAAUAUCCUGUGAGUCAACUCUGCCCAGCUGCAAAUACUCUGAAUGAGAUCUUCUUAAUCCAUUUCAUCACUUUCUGCCAGGAAAAGGGAGUUGAUGAGUUCCUGACCACCACCAAGAUGACCAAGCACCAAGCCUUCCUGUUUGGCGCAGACUGGAUUUGGACCUUUUGGGGAUCCGACAAGCAAAUAAAGCUUCAGCUGGCAGUACAGACUCUGCAGAUGUCUUCACCUCCUCCUAUGGAAUCUAAACCUUAUGACCUUUCCAAUCCAGAACCAAGGGUAGAGGAGUCUUCCUGGAAGAAAAGUAGAUUUGAUAAGCUGGAAGAAUUCUGUAACUUAAUAGGAGAGGAUUGCCUGGGUCUGUUUAUCAUCUUUGGUAUGCCAGGAAAGCCUAAAGACAUCAGGGGAGUUGUCCUGGACAGUGUCAAAAGUCAGAUGGUGAGGAGCCAUCUGCCAGGAGGGAAGGCUGUGGCUCAGUUUGUCCUGGAGACUGAAGAUUGUGUCUUCAUCAAAGAGCUGCUCAGAAACUGUCUGAGUAAGAAAGACGGGCUGAGAGAGGUGGGCAAGGUUUAUAUUAGCAUUCUCUGAUUUGGAUAUGUAUUAUGUGACUGGCCUGUAAGAGGAAAAGAAAAAAAGAUUCUAAUAAGCAAGCUCAUCUAUUUGCAUCAUUCCAGCAUGAGAUUUUUUUUUUUCAUUUGUUUUCUCAUUGAUUGAAAAUGAUUACUGGGAUCAAAGUAUAUUAAUGUCACAAUUACAGAGGGAGAGAGCAAAAAAGGAAACUCUGGCUCUGCCUAUGAUUUAAAAACAGUUCAGGAAAAGUUAUAAUUUAGUUUAAUAUUUCAUUCACUUAUUCAAUAAUAAAAAUGGGAAGAGAGAUAAUAAAGUCACAUUUAAAGUUUGAUUUGCAAAAAAAAAAAAAAAAGUGUCUUUGUUUGAAAUAAUAAGUCUAGCACUCAAAAGUAUAAAAUGUGUUUUUGCGUCUGUUGGUGGGAGAUGGGUAGGGUAAAGUAGUAGG